CAAGUGCGUCGUGUGAAAUAAUUUAAAUUACAUCUUUUCGCUGAGCCGCCAGUGUUUGCGGGUAUUAGGCGUAUGGCCCGAUCCAUCUGUGCCUUUCAGUGAUUUCCACCGGCCAAACAUAAGAUUCAUAAUUGCUGCGUGUACCCUGUUCAUGUACGUGUUCGUGCCGCAAAUAACGAAUAUGUUUCUUGCCUGGGGUAAUGUGGCUCGGAUGGUGGAAAGCCUCGCCCCCGCGAACUUGAGCCUGCUGGCACUAUGCAAAUUAGUCGGCACUUGGUACCACGGUGAAACGCUUCGAACACUGAUGACAUCGGUCAUGACCGAUUGGAUGACUUCAAAGAAUGACCGGAAACGAAAUACAAUGUUAAAUAUUACGAGACGUGGCCGACACCUAUCUUUUGCGUGUUACAUGGGCUCGUUGGGCACAUACCUGUCUUACCUAGGUCUUAAUUUCCUGAAGUUCUAUCGUAGUAUGCAUCAACCUGAACGGAUUCUCGUGUAUCACUUUUCCUACCCUUACUACAACAUGCAAAAGAGUCCAAACUACGAAAUUACAUUUGUGAUUCAACUUUUUGGCGGGAUGUACACGGUCUUCGUCAAUAGUACCGUCGACAGUUUCGUCUCUCUACUCCUACUGCAAAUAUGCGCACAGCUGAUAAAUUUACGUACGACGCUCAACAAUCUGGUCGACGAAUUAGCGGAAGGAUCUAUAUCCUCCUCGAGUUUCCAGAAAGGAUUGGCCGCGAUCACUAUGCGUCAUGAACAUCUCAUCAGGACCGCCAAGACAGUUGAUGAUUGCUACAGUGCGGUAUUAUUUAUACACAUGUUUGCCGCUACCUUUCAGUUGUGUAUUGAAUGCUUUCAAGUUUUCACGAUAAUAACAGGUCAUUUGGAGCUGUCCAUUAUCAAAAUGUCUUUCCUUACGUUUUAUGUCGUUCUUGUAUUGACACAUGUGUAUAUUUACUGUUAUUCUGCUGAAAGACUUUCAACGGAGAGUACCAACAUGGCAUAUGGCGCGUACGAAUGCAGGUGGUACGAUAUAUCACCGAAUGAUGCGAAAAAUUUAAUGUUUAUGACAUAUCGAUCUACAAUUCCGCUUAGGCUGACGGCUGGAAAAUUCGGAACUUUCUCACUAGAAAUGUUCGGAACUACGGUGAAAACGUCAAUGGGAUACCUAUCUGUAUUGCUGACAAUGAUGGAUUAGAAACAACUAUAAUACUGAAGUAAUAUCAAAUUAAUUGCACGUACUCCUAAUUAGUGUUUUCUAUAUACUGUGUUAAUAGAUUUAUAAAUGUUGCCUGUAAUAUAAUUUUUACUGGAUAAAUAUAUGCUUUUGUGCAAUAAAACACAUUAUUUAGUUCUUAUCUUUUUGCGGUUAACU